AUGGAAAUUGGGAGAGAGGAUGAGAUUGUGGACAUGCCCAUGUCACCCCCAAUAGUUGAUUCCAUUAUUAACAAUGAAUGUUGUCACCACAGAGAGUUCAUGUCUCAGACAUAUCUGCAGAAUAAGUACUCAGAGAUUGAUAUAGACACUGAAGAUUCCAAUUUUGAUCAAAAUCGCCCCCUCCCCAUAUUUCUCAAGUUUGAAGAUGUGGAGUAUAAGGUGAGAAAUAGCCAAGCAGGCUCAGGUAACGUUGUGAAGUCAAUGGUGUCAAAGGUAACCAAACACCUCACUGUGGAAGAAGAUAGAUACAAGAAAAUUUUGAAGGGCAUCACAGGAAGCAUAGGCCCUGGUGAAAUUCUUGCAUUGAUGGGUCCUUCUGGUAGUGGGAAGACAACCUUGUUGAGAGUUAUAGGAGGAAGAUUAGUUGAGAAUGUAAAGGGAAAAGUAACUUACAAUGAUGUUCGUUUCAAUCCAGCUCUCAAGAGGAGGAUUGGGUUUGUGACACAAGAGGAUGUGCUUUUCCCACAGUUAACAGUUGAAGAAACUUUAGUCUUCUCUGCACUUUUGAGGCUACCAGGCAGUAUGAGCAAGCAGCAGAAGUAUGCAAAAGUAGAUACCACCAUCAAGGAGCUAGGCCUAGAAAGAUGUCGCCACACAAAAAUAGCUGGAGGAUAUCUGAAAGGCAUAUCAGGAGGAGAAAGGAAGAGAACCUGCAUAGGCUCUGAAAUUCUUGUUGAUCCUUCACUAUUGCUACUUGAUGAACCAACUUCUGGGCUUGAUUCCUCCUCAGCAAACAAACUCCUUCUCACUCUUCAAGGACUUGCCAAGGCUGGAAGGACCAUAAUCACAACAAUACACCAGCCAUCGAGUAGAAUCUUUCACAUGUUUGACAAACUACUUCUGAUAUCAGAAGGCUAUCCUGUUUACUAUGGAAAAGCUAAGGAAACAAUGGAGUACUUCUCAUCUUUGAGAUUCACCCCUCAAAUACCGAUGAAUCCUGCAGAGUUCUUGCUUGACUUGGCAACUGGAGAAGUGAAUGACAUAAGUGUUCCACCAGAUAUCUUUCAAAAUGAAGAAUCUUCUGACCCAUCAAAAAUUGUUAUUGAAUAUUUACAGCGCACAUACAAAUCUCUACUUGAGCCAAAAGAAAAAGAACAGAACCAUAGAGUAGCAAGCACACCAGAACGCCUUCAACUAGCAAUUCAGGUUAAGAUGGAGUGGACAUGUAGUUGGUUGGACCAAUUUAUGAUUCUCUCCAAGAGAACAUACAAAGCAAGAAGAAAGGAAUACUUUGAUAAGCUAAGAAUAGUUCAAGCACUUGGGAUUGCACUCUUGUUGGGGCUCCUUUGGUGGAAAUCUUCAAUCAAUACUGAAGCUGGACUCAGAGAUCAGGUUGGUUUAGCAUUCUACAUCUGUAUAUUCUGGACAUCUUCAUGCAUUUUUGCAGCAGUCUAUGUCUUUCCAUUUGAAGAGUACUACUUGGUAAAAGAAAAUAAAGCUGACAUGUACAGAUUAAGUGUAUACUAUGCAUGUAGCACUCUAUGUGACAUGGUGGCCACCAUUUUCUAUCCUACUUUUUUCAUGCUCAUCUUGUACUUCAUGGCUGGCUUUAACAGAGCUGUUGCUUCCUUCUUUUUGACACUAUUAACCAUUCUGUUAAUAGCUAUAACAAGUCAAGGGGCAGGCGAAAUGUUUGGAGCUGCAGUUAUGAGUGUUAAAAGAGCAGGUGCUGCUGCUACUUUGUUACUAAUGUUAUUCCUUCUCACAGGUGGCUACUAUGUCCAGCACAUACCAAAGUUCAUGAGAUGGUUGAAGUAUUUAUCCUUCAUGUACUAUGGUUUUAGGCUUCUUCUAAAAGUGCAGUAUUCUGGAGACCAGUUAUAUGAUUGUGGAAGCAAGGGAGGGUGCAGGACCCUGCAGAGUUCUCCAACAUUUGACAGUGUAAACUUGAAGGGUGGAUUGAAAGAAGUGUGGAUUCUGCUAGCUAUGGCAUUAAUCUUUCGGUUGUUGGCUUAUUUGUGUCUUCGUGUAAGAAUUGUUGGUAGAAAAAACUAA